AUGAACCUUAAAAUCGUAUCCCCAUCCGAACAAUUCCCACCGUACACCGAGAGGAUAAUCCAAGAGAGCGUCCGACGCUCAGGUGGCCCAUAUGGAGAGGAGAGUUCAAACUGUAAAGGGUCAAUCAUAACCCCCUUGGCGCCUCCGGAACUGGAGGGGGGAGAUCAGGGGGGGUUCAUUCCGGAGGUCCCAGGGGUAAACCCUGUAGUCGAGCCAAAUGUGAUCAUCCCUCCCCAGGAGACUUUUGAAGCACCACCCACUACCUUGGCCAACACCACGACUAUCACCACUACCACUACCAACACAGAACACAACGUCCUGGCAUCAAAUGAUGAAGCUGGUGACCUAGCAAUGACCGGAGGGGAGGAAGACGCCACCGAGAUGCCUGAGCCGGACGGUUCUAAUGGGAUAGAUCAUCAUGCCCCGUCCUCAAUUCAAGUAUUGGGUGGCACAGUGACCGGUGAACCGCCCGUGCCUUCCGGCUUGAUUGGAGAACAGGCAGAUCUCACUCGGAAAUACACUGAUGACACUGGUGAUGAUGAUGAUGACUUCAAGGGCAUAAAUUCUCAACCUGAUCAAACGGAGACAGGAUUAACUCGGAGCAUCUUUAGAGCCUGGGGAAUAUUUCAGGGCCUGGCCUAUGACACCGUUGAGGCCUGGCGUUCAUUGGAAUGA